AUGCUGCCCACGCGUGCUCUCCUGGCCUCAGCAAGGCUGACCCUAUUUACUCGUGCAGGCUGUGGCCUGUGCGACACUGCCAAAAAUACCGUUCUGCAAUUCCAGAAACGAAGAUCCUUCGAAUACGUUGAGAAGGAUAUCAUGGCCCCGGGGAAUGAAUCAUGGAGGGAGGUCUAUGACUUUGAUGUUCCUGUCUUGCAUGUCCAAUCUGUGCAAGAUGGAAUGCCCAUACAGGCUGAUCUCUCGGACGCACGCAAAUUGUUCCACCGAUGGACAGAGGAAGAAGUGGCGCGAUCAGUAGAUGCGGCAGAGCACGAAUAA